CGCAACAAGCGGAAGACACUCUCCACAGCUGCUCUCUUCUAUUCAAUUCUGCUCGGCUCAGCUCAGCUCGACUCCACUCUCGCAUCUCCUGCUCACUUUCUACCAACUCCUCUCAUCUUCUUCACAGUACUCUCCGACUUCACUCCAGAACUGUCGUUGAGACGGUGUCCGAGUCUGAAAUCUCGAGUCUUUCAUCUGUAUUGAUCUCUCAGGUCGAUUGUGGUCGAUUGCGAAGCGUUUCGGAAAGGUAGACAGUCAUGGACUUGACACAGGUGAAAUGCUCUGCGCUGCUGAUGAUGUUCCUGCUCGCCAGCGUUGUUGAUGGAGCUCGCAUUGGCCCGGUGGAGAAGAAUACGAUCUACGGGGGUCUCCUGGCACGCAGGUUUCUCAGGCUGGUCGAGUCGCCGGAGACUAUUAUCGAUUAUCACAAUGGGCCUGUCAUGGAGGGCUCCAAUGGAACUCUCCCAGUGUAUGUGAUCUGGUAUGGGGAAUUCAAUGAGACCGACACCGCGGCGGUGAGAGAUUUCUUCGCUUCCUUCAGUCCUGCAGCUGAUGGGUCCGUGACCGAUGUUGCCAAAUGGUGGGAUGUGACCACCCGGUUCAAGGAUGCCACCGGUGCCUCGGUUGCUCGGUACGUCACUCUUGUCGGGGAGAGGAACGACACUUACUCUCUAGGCAAGAACCUCAACAAUUCCAACCUCGAGGAACUCGUGCAGAGCUCUCUCUCCGCCUUCCCGGCAGAUCCGAACGCAGUGUACUUCGUCAUGACGGCAGCAGAUGUGCAGGUCGAGGGCUUCUGCAUGAACUCCUGCGCCUCUCACUUCGCCACUGUCCCUUCGUCCACCAAUGAGCUGCAGCUGCCUUACGCUUGGGUUGGAAAUGCCAAAGACCAGUGCCCUGGAAUGUGCGCCUGGCCUUUCGCCCAGCCCCCUUACAUGCCCGCCCAAGCUGAUAUGCCACUGCCUCCCAAUGGAAAUGUCGGAGUCGACGGAAUGAUUGUCCACAUCGCCUACAUGCUGGCCGGCACUGCCACCAACCCCUUCAACAAUGCCUUCUACCAGGGCGAUGCUGCUGCUCCUCUCGAAGCUGGAACUGCCUGCGUCGGUUCCUUCGGCGUGGGCUCUUACAGUGGAUACCCCGGCGAGCUGAAGAAGGACGUCAUCACGGGGUCCAAGUACAAUGCCAAUGGUGUCAAUGACAGGAAAUUUCUCCUCCCGGCUCUCUGGGACCCUGACACUAGAAAAUGCAGCCCUCUCGCCGUCUGAGCUAGGGAUCAGAAGCAUUGAGAAUGCCAUCAGUGUAAACAAUUUCAUUUUUCUGUAGGCUUCACGAGAUUAGUAGUCCUGUACAUACCGAGACUGGUUUUUCCACUAGGAGUAGGCAUCAGAUAGAUUAGACGAUAUAUCGGAGUAGCCGCCAAAUAUUCUCAGCAGACACAUCGUUCGGUGACUGUUUCACCCAUUCUUUUAUACAUCUAAUAAGCGGCAGAGCACUCUGCCUUCAUUGCCACACACUCCGCGUCUUGUGUAAGUGUCACUGUUCUGGAUCACUGAAUUUUACGCCAAGCAAUGCUAACCAUGUUUUGACUUUCGUGAA